UGGGUUUGCGCAAACUUCACAACCCACAGGAUUUGGAUUCGGGCAACAGCCACAAGCUACUAGCACCGGAUUUGGAUUUGGACAACCUGCUACCACACCGCAAACUGGUUUUGGCCUCGGCGCGUCAAAACCAAAUACAUUUGGUAGUGGGUUUGCGCAAACUUCACAACCCACAGGAUUUGGAUUCGGGCAACAACAACAAUCUACUACUACCGGAUUUGGAUUCGGUCAAACGUCACAACCUACUGGCGGCUUUGGUUUUGGACAAUCAAAACCUGGUGGAUUUGGCGGAUUCGGACAAACCACACAACCUACGGGAUUUGGAUUCGGACAGACAACACAGCAAACAGGAUUUGGCGGAUUUGGUCAAACAUCUCAACCCACGCAACCUACAGGAUUUGGAUUCGGGCAGGCGACACAACCAACUGGAUUUGGAUUCGGUCAAACAACACAACCAACAGCCGGAUUUGGUGGUUUUGGACAAACGUCACAACCCACAGGAUUUGGAUUCGGUCAAACAUCACAACCAGCAGCCGGAUUUGGUGGUUUUGGACAAACGUCACAACCCACAGGAUUUGGAUUCGGCCAAACAUCACAACCAACAGCCGGAUUUGGUGGUUUUGGACAAUCUAAACCUAGUGGAUUUGGAUUCGGACAGACAUCACAACAAACAGGAUUUGGAUUCGGGCAACAACAACAAUCUACUACUGCCGGUUUUGGAUUUGGUCAAACGUCACAACCUACUGGUGGCUUUGGUUUUGGACAGUCAAAACCUGGUGGAUUUGGUGGAUUUGGACAGACAACACAACCUACUGGAUUUGGAUUUGGUCAAACAACCCAAUCUACUGGUGGCUUUGGAUUCGGUCAAGCGACACAACCUACUGGUGGUUUUGGUUUUGGAGCUUCAAAACCUAGUGGAUUUGGAUUUGGUCAAACAACACAACCAAGCGGGUUUGGAUUCGGACAGACAUCACAACCUGGUGGUGGCUUUGGAUUUGGACAGACUUCGCAGCAGAGUGGCUUUGGCUUUGGACAGUCGUCGCAACCUAGUUUGUUUAAUUUCGGUCAGGCCUCACAAUCAACAAUGCCUCAGUUAAAUCUUGGCGGCUUUGGAUUGUCAACUCAGCCUGGUGCUUCAAUUGUUGGUGUAGGUGCUGGUCCUUUACAAAAUACUCAACAGCAAUUACAACAACAUCGUACACCUGUGCAAGAACUACAUGAAUUAAUGAAUUCUUGGAAUACAUACAGCCCUCAAUGUCAAUUUAUUACUUAUUUCUUUAAUCUCGCAAAUCCCGAACUUUGGGAGGAAGCACAAAAGCAUAACUUGGAUAAAACGAUAAUGAUGCCAAUUGUAGCUGUUGGAUUCGACGACUUAAAAAAAAGAAUUAUUGAUCAUUUAAAUAGUAAAAACGAUAUUUCUGCAAGAUUAAAGGAUAUCGGAAAUAAAAUCGAGUCAUUGCAAAUUAAACAUAAUCUAGAAACUUCAGUGAAUUUGGAAAAUCAAAAACGGAAACAUAUGGAAUUAACGCAACGAGUUAUUAAGCUGAUGAAACGAAUCCAAGUAGUACGUCUCAGGGGAACUUUGAUCCGUUCAGGCGAAGAACAACUUAAAGGUCGUUUAGAGGAAAUCAAACAAAGUUUGUUAGUACCGAUGGUUAAACUUGAUGACAUUAAGACAAAAUAUAGUAUAUUGAAAUUACACUGGGAUAAUCGAGAACCAUUAGUAGCUCAUAAAUAUAACACUGUUGAUGAUAAUCAAUUAGAAAAUAUUGUAAAGGUUCUCGGUGCUGAACAGACAGGAAUAGUACACGAUAUUGAUACAUUAAAGAAGGAUUCAAAAGAUAUUGAUGUGAUCAUCAAAAACCUUAAUGAAAUCGUCAAACU